AAGUCAGCUUUAGGUUGAAAAGGUCAAUUUUGAAUGAUUAAGUUAAAAACACCCUCGACUCUUUUGAUCAAAACUGAAUUACAUGCUAAAGAGGGGCUCGCAAACUGCACAAUCGCUGAAAUCAUUUCAGGAAAGAACGAGGAAGCCACUCCAUUUUGAAAGUAUUUUCAUAACAAACUUUUGUGGAAUGUUGGAAAUUCCACUACUGCAAUUUCAAUCCAAGGUAUUAACCAAUUAUUGUAUCUCAUCAAGUGUUAUUCUUUCCUGUUAUUUCUAUACUGCAACCACAUGCCUUCUUAUUAAAGUUUAGCUCUGCCCACGUUGAUGGGUCAUAUAAUCCCUCAACUUCAACUGUACCCUCAAUUACAAGCAAGAUUACAAGCAAGAUUUUGCUCUCUAGCAAAGCACUCGAGAGGCGAAAAAUCAAGUGCGCAACAGUCAACUGAGUCAAGAGAAACAUCUGGUACUGGUCUCUAUUUUUGAACAUCGCUCCAUAGUCUGCUACCAGAGAGGAAAUGCUUGACGAUGUGAAGAUUCCGUGUUUUGUCGAGGGAAUGGCCAACCCACUCGUCCACUUAAUUCAUGUAUUGUGAGCGGCCUUAUAUGCCUAGUGACUAUCGAGACCCCGAACCCUAACUGGGAACAUGGGGACGAGGAAUUGUUGUUGGACUAUAUGGCCAUGAUGUCGAGCUAGGCUCCACCGACCCCUAGCCAUGUGGUCCAGGUCUCAAACCACACCGCCAUCGCCGCACCCUUCGAAUCCACAUCACCCUGGAACAUUUCGGAUCGGCCAAACCCCCGACACCACCAGACAAAGACAAGGAGUCCAAGGAUUCCUCAAAGCGGCGUGGCUUGCGGAAUCGCACGCCCAACCUGGCCAAUCCGCAGAUGACCCCAUCCUACCCGGACUUUGGCACGUGCCUGGUGUCGCAGCAGCGGGAGCUGGAAUUGACCAUCAGCAAUCCGACGGGCUCGGCCAGCUUCUGGACGGUCAUUUCUGAUCCCCAGCAGCAAGCAGAGGAAUUGUUCCGUGUUGUGCCGUCAUCCGGCUUUCUGGAAGCACAGGUCACCCACGUUUCUUGCAGCAAAGUGAUCCUCAAAGUUCACUUCACCGCCAGGCACAACGUGGCUUACAGGGGCAAGUUUAUCUUCCAAGGCAUGCUGGGGGAAACACCUCAGGCGCUUGAGGUUAGAGGUCAAGGGUCGUACGACAACCGACACGAAGCCUUGGUCGACGUGUGAUUGUAAAGGUUGGAAGGGGAUGGACACCAUUUGCAAACAAUAAAAAAAAAACAUCAAAAAAUUGUGAAACAUCCUAUAAAAUCAUUGUGUGUGGUAAGCUGUCAUUUUUGUUUAGAAAAUGAGGACUUGCCAUGUUUUCUGCACAGUGGUUAGCACCAAACCAAAGUGCUUUGACUGGAAACCUGUUCUUUGUGUCGAGACAAAACAAGAUACUAUUUCACCCUUUUUCCUAAAAAAAAGGUAUGAUGUCAACCUCGUCCCCGGGGUGUCAAGCAGUACGCGCCCAUCACUACCUGCUCUCUCACCCUGGUAUUGGAUCAUUU